AUGCUGUCAAACGACCAACACGAUUUUGUCGAGAUGACGGAUCUUCGAAUUAAGCUUAACUCGAAGAUCCCGGAUCUUCGCGAAAAACUCAAACGAUGCAAGAUCGAUCGUUCGAAAGCGGAGCCAGAGCCGAUCGUUCCAUACCAACGCCAGACUCAAGAUCUGCGUACACGUCUCAAUUCACUUAGAGCUGAACGAACGGUACGACCCGAGGAAGAACAACAAGAGCAGUUUCAGCACUUGAACGUAAUUAUGGGAGGAUCCCCUCCUGGCAACGACUCCGUCAGAUCUGUGAAAGCGUUCCGACGGAAGGCAGUCACAACUAAGCGCUGGCCUACCACUCCAGAGGCUAGUCCUCCAAUCACCUUUUCCGCCGAAGACGCAGCAGGUGUCCACAUGCCUCACAACGACUCACUCCUCGUUGACAUCGGAAUUAGUGACUGCACGGUCACCAAAGUCCUUGUGGACACUGGCAGUUCAGUCGAUCUCAUCUUUAAAAGAACACUCAUCAAGAUGGGGGUAAGCCUCGACGACAUGAAACCUUCCGCGCGAUCGCUAACAGGUUUUAACGGGUCAACCGAGACCAUGCUCGGAACGAUACGCUUGCGAGUGUACGCCGAAGGCAUCGCCAAAAACGUCAAGUUCUCCGUCAUCGACGUUCACGCUCCAUAUAACGCAAUCCUGGGCACACCAUGGAUCCAUGCGAUGAAGGCUAUCCCUUCGACCUAUCACCAAUGUAUCAAAUUUCCUGGUAACGAUGGACGGAUCAUUACUCUUCGGGGCGACCAAGCAGCUGCUCGAGAUCUCCUCGUUGCCGAGAUAAAAAACCGCAAGGCAACUUCCCACGUUAACUCAGUCGCCAAACCAAUCCAGAAGAUAUACCCUUUCAAAGAAGAGAUUCUCGAGGUAACCAUCGACGACAGUGAUCAAACCAAGAUCGUCCGAAUCGGCGCUCAUCUUCCCGACGACACGAAGGACAAGAUCAUUUCGUUUCUCAGGGAUAAUGUCUCCACUUUUGCUUGGUCUACCUCCGACAUGAAAGGGAUCGACCCGGGCGUCACUACACACGAGCUCAACGUCGAUCCAACAUUCAAACCAAUCCGUCAAAAAAGGCGCAAGCUCGGCCCCGAACGAUCAAAGGCCGUCAACGAAGAGGUCGACCGAUUGCUGAGCGCAGGUUCCAUCACGGAAGUGAAGUAUCCCGAAUGGCUAGCAAAUCCAGUCGUCGUAAAGAAGAAGAAUGGCAAAUGGAGGGUCUGCGUCGAUUUCACAGACCUCAACAAAGCAUGUCCUAAAGACAGCUUUCCUCUCCCUCACAUUGAUCGACUGGUCGAAUCAACAGCGGGAAACGAGCUACUGACGUUCAUGGACGCCUUUUCCGGUUACAACCAAAUAAUGAUGCAUCCAGACGAUCGAGAGAAAACAGCGUUCAUCACUGACCGCGGGAUAUACUGCUACAAGGUAAUGCCCUUUGGUCUAAAGAAUGCUGGCGCAACGUACCAACGACUCGUCAAUAAGAUGUUCGCCGAGCGAUUGGGAGCCACAAUGGAAGUGUACAUUGAUGACAUGCUGGUAAAGUCCCAAAAGGCAACAGACCAUAUCGACCAUCUCAAAGAUUGUUUCUUCAUUUUGAACAAGUACGGGAUGAAGCUUAAUCCAACGAAAUGCACCUUCGGCGUAACAUCCGGUGAAUUCCUUGGAUACAUAGUCACUCAAAGGGGGAUUGAGGCGAACCCAAAGCAGAUAACUGCCAUCCUCGACCUUCCUAGUCCCAAAAACAGUCGCGAGGUACAACGGUUGACCGGUCGAAUCGCAGCCCUCAAUCGAUUUAUAUCACGGUCGACUGAUAAAUGCCUCCCGUUUUACGACCUGCUGCGCGGCAACAAGAAAUUCAUUUGGAACGAACGCUGCGAAGAAGCAUUCGAACAGCUCAAGCGUUAUCUUACGACGCCGCCCGUGUUGGCCAAGCCAGACAAAGGAGAUACGUUGUACCUGUAUAUUGCAGUCUCUGACGCGGCUGUGAGUAGCGUGCUCGUCAAAGAUGAACGAGGCGAGCAACGUCCAAUAUUCUAUACCAGCCAACGCAUGACGGACGCAGAAACUCGCUAUUCGACACUCGAAAAGAUGGCGCUGGCGGUUAUGACUUCAGCGAGGAAACUUCGGCCUUAUUUCCAAUCUCAUUCGAUCAUCGUCCUGACAAACCUACCACUACGAACCGUCAUGCAGAACUCCAAUCACUCGGGUAGACUUUCGAAGUGGGCCAUCGAGCUUAGUGAAUACGACGUCACGUUUCAAAGCAAACCAGCCGCGAAGUCCCAAGUGUUGGCGGAUUUUCUCAUCGAGCUAACACCGGAACUCGAACAAGAUUUACAACUGCCCGACGCCACCUGGAUCUUGCACGUCGACGGGUCAUCCUCCACUAAGGGCUCUGGAAUCGGUAUCCACCUCCAAUCCCCCACAGGCGAGUUGCUCCAGCAAUCAUUCCGACUUGGUUUCAAAGCAUCUAACAAUGAAGCAGAGUACGAAUCUCUCAUUGCUGGAUUACGACUUGCGCAAGCAGUCCAAGCAAAGCGCAUCCACGCCUACUGCGACUCUCAAUUGGUUGCUAACCAAUUUAGCGGGGACUACGACGCUAGGAACGAACGAAUGGACGCCUACCUUAAAGUUGUACAAGACCUAACCAAAACAUUCGAGUCUUUUCAACUAACAAGGAUUCCCCGCGGAGAAAACGUCUGUGCAGAUGCUCUAGCGGCGCUUGGGAGCAACCCAAGAGAUCAAGUAAAGCGGACCAUCCCAAUUCAACAGAUUGACAAACCAAGCAUCACUCUACCGCACGAUGAGAGCGAUCACGUAGUAGCAAUCGACGCGUCAGAAGAGAUGGAUACAAGCGAAUCAAGCGAUCGACUGUGUGACUGGCGAACCCCAUUUAUUCGUUUUCUUUCAGAUGGAUCGCUUCCGCAAAACAAAUGGGAGGCCCGUCGACGGAAAACCAAGAGUGCGAACUACGUUCUCAUCGAUGGGAGACUACGUUCGGUACGAGUUUGGUAG